CUCUAAAAGAGUAUCGAUUUCUCCCCGCGCUAUUUAGGCGUCCGCUUCGCUUACAAAAAAUAUACAGUACAAUGCUGAGUCCAAGUAUAGAGAUGUCAUACGCAUCUCCCCAAUCCCUUACAAUUUCAGAUGACUCCUCGAGUGAUGAUUACAGGAGGUCACCGCCGGUUGUCCGACCGAGGCCAUCGCCACGUAACUAUGCAGUUGCCACUGACUAUGAUACACUUCUACCCUUGAAGAAUUGCAAAUACUUUCCACCACGUACGCGUCAAAGCGAAACAGUAGUCGGUGUCGUUAUUCCAUUUUUUAACGAGGGGAAAGCAGAACUUGAGCGAACUCUUGAGAGUCUGUACGAUCAACAAGUAGAAUGUGGCGACCUGGGUGUGGAAUUUCUGUAUCUGGCCGUGAUGGACGGAAUUCUCAUGGCCGACCCAACCAUGGUGGAAUACAUUUCGUCGUUGUACAAGACGAAUGAGUGGGCCGACAAAAUGUACAUGAGUGAGGAUACAGAGUAUAUAACGGUACUUCACGCGGCUGCCAACGAUGAUGCUGAUAGUAGUCACGGAUUGGUAGAGAUUGCACCUGGGAAACAUCUCCGCCUCACUUUUCUCAUCAAGGGGCAGAAUCGAAGAAAAACAAAUUCUCACGAGUGGUUUUUCGUGGCCUAUUGCCGUGAAUAUGAAGUUGACUAUGCUUUCGCUACAGACUGCGGUACUCUGUAUGCAAACGGUUGCCUAUAUUACCUUAUUCAGUACCUUUCGACGCAUCCUGAAGUUAGUGCAGUUACCGGGCGACAAAGAGUAAUGUCUUCGACUAUGCAAAGUCUACGAACUGAAGGCUUGAUGCAAAUGUGGUAUCGUGCCGUGCAGUCUUACGAUUACGAGGCGUCAAUAUCUAGUUUCUUGGGAGCAUUCUCGCUCAUGGGCAUGCUUCCUGUCAUUCCUGGACCCGCCGGUCUUUGGCGCAUGAGUGACUGUGGAGGAGCUCCGAUGGACUACUACAUCAACUACAUUAACAACAUCUCAGCCGAGGACGGGCUCAUCAAGGGCAACCUACUGCUUGCAGAAGAUCGCAUAUUGAGUUAUGCUGUUUGCUUGAUGACAGGAAAGUACACGAGAUGGGUUCCGAUGGCCGUGUUUUACACCGAAGCCGAGACCGACAUCAAAUCAUUUAUAACCCAGCGUCGACGGUGGAUCAACGGAACAAUGGCCUGCUAUAUAUUCUUGUUGUUCGCAUCGCCCGGUAUCCUAUUCCGUGGUCCGCACAGACUGGGGUUCAAGCUCAUGAUAUACAGUCAACUGCUAAUACAAACCCUCUUAUUUGGCGUGACGGCACUAUCACCGGGUAUCUUUGCCACGCUGAUAUGCUUCUCUGUUGACACGCUUCAUAUAGGAGGGGCUGAAUGGAGCAGGACGAUUGCCUUGACGGUAGCAGGCAUCAGCCUGUGCAUGUACAUUAUUUUCUGCGGACUGCAUUUUUUCCACAAGUUCGUCCGAUCAUUCUACGAAUAUCUCCUAAUCUGGAAUACCGUCACUUUUUCAGUCAUUGUUGCCAAUGUUGUCGUGUCGUUCGCCAACAAAGACGUCAUGACGAUUGUGGUGCUGUUGCUGGUGGUCUUCUUUCCGUUCUUCCUGGCACUUUUACACAGUCUAGACGUUUUCGUUAUGAUGCUGUUUUCCUUUUUCCAGUUCUUCCUGUUUUUGCCGACGUUCCUGCCAUACUUUUCGGCCUAUUCAUAUUGUCGGAUAUGGGAUUUGUCGUGGGGCAAUCGACCAUCAUCGUCGAGUUCGGAGAAUAAGGAGUCAAUUGAGGUUGUUACAGAUACAGCAGCGAAUUCAACAUCGGCGGGGUAUCCUGCAAAGAAAAAAAUGGCGGACGAUGCCCAUCCUAAAAUUGAUAGUCGGUUUGAUAGGAGCGAAAGCGUGGAUACGCAGUCGUCCGAGGUGAAUUCCUGGCAAUCUUCAUCUACCUUUGGAUCGAGAGACUAUGUGGUUCCGAUAACUUCUGCCAAGACAAAAAUCGAGAACGGUACAAAGAUAGCAAAAGGAGACAAGAUAGACUUGUCGAAAGUUAAGUAUAACGAGUUUUCCUCAGCGGAUAUCGCGUCACAGACUCGAAUGGUAUCCGCAGCUGACGAUAGGGUUGCGAAGAAGGCGGGUAAGAAGAACAGGCAACGCAGGACAUUAUCGACGAAGCGAAAGCAUCGGCUUAUGGGUUUACUCAUUCUUCUCAUCGUCAUGGUGGCUAACGUUUUGGUUGCUGGUGUGUUCAUCUGGACCGAGCAAAUGAAUGCAUUGAUGAUAUUGACUCUUGGUCUGGUGGGAAUGGCUCUAUGUCAGCAAAUAUUGUCGUUUCUUUUCUAUUUGUUCUACUCAGAGCACAUGAUAACGGCCGGCGUGCAGAGUAUGAGCCGGAAUUGGACAAAACUUCUCAGUGCAACGCUUUUCAUCACCACCAUCGUGUGUCUAUAUACCGGUGCGCUAACCACACAUUGGUUGACGAAUUCGAUUGACAUUUAUCUGCCGGGAAAUGGUACCUAUGUCCUCAACAACACGAUGGUAGCGCAUCAGGGACCGGUAGAGAGCGAGGUCGACAGUAUGGUAUGUAAUGCAAAGUCUGCAUUUCUGCUUGUCUAG